GUGCAGAAAGCAACGCAAAACGCGUGUGUGUCGAGCACGGCAGAGCUUAAGGGGGAACGAACUUAUAAGUUAAGUUAUUAAACUCACGCUCGCUUAUUUUACCUUGACAUUGUUCACAUAAUUAGUUCCGAUAUAGAUAUGUAGAGAGCGUCUUCGGUGCGUUUAUAUCAUCUCUUUGUAACCGCUUCUCGGUCUAUCAGGGGUUCAAGCAAUUUUGAGUGUAAACCAAAUAGGAUAAUAAAGUGUGCAAAAUGAAGACUCAAAUCCUAUUACUGCUCGGCGCCGUAUAUUCCUCGUUAGCUUUGGACCCACGAUUUUCAAAAUCUAUCGAGGCAAGACCGAGAGUCGGUUAUUCCACUAACGUAGUACAUACGUUCCCCGGAAACUUAGAUAAUUGGGCUCAAACUUCUAUUAAUCCGUAUAACCAGGAGCCGGCUGCAAAUAACCAGCUUAUUCCGAACAAGCCGAGAAGCAAAUUUGCUCCAAUUUAUCGUGAUACUCCCGGCAAUCUUUUAUACGGGCAAAAUAACAAAGUUUUCUCAAAUUCUGGACCGCAUCCAAAUCUGAACUCGUUCAACGUAGGAUAUAAUAUCCAGUUCGGCCAGAAUGGAGGUAGCAGUCAAAAAUAUAUAUUUGCCGCCGGCCAGAAAAACAAAAACUUUGAUAACGCCGAGAUUAUAACGGGAAAACUUAAAGGAAAUGAGCAAGUGAGAGCGCCUAUUCGGUUCGGAACUCCAGCUCCGCGUAGACCCGUAAUUACCUUAACUCAAGAACCUCAACUACUUCCUAGUUCAGUAAACUAUAUAACAAAUCCACUUUUCAGUAAAUAUAAUAAACCAGCACGUCCGGCAACUGGUUAUGGAAAAAUCCCGGAUUUUAUCAGAGACCUCGACGCAUCGUUUCAGGCAAGUCCUUGGAAAAGCAUCGGUACGAACAUCGAGAUGAGUAAGAGCAUUGAAGGUCCGCAAAUUCAAAAAACUUUUUUUAGACCCUCGUUUCCUCAAAAAGCAGUAACUCAAACGCCAUUGCGGUCCUUCAAUCACGAGAAAGCGAUUAGGUAUAGUCAACCUUUUGACGUGAGCAACGUCAGCCCUGAGAAGUUUUUUGAUAAUUUCCAAGCAGGAUCAGAACAAUACAGUCAAUAUUCCGACUUAAAUGGUAACAGAAAGAAUCAUCCAAACAUCCCAGAAAACAUUGACGUUAACUCACACAUACCCUCACAUUUGAGAGGUGUUAAGCCGCUUCCUCUUGACACCAGUUUGCUCAAAGACCCAGUAUUAACGACAGAUUUUAAGGAAGCUGCGAAAGACUCGAAUAUUCUUCCGAUUCAUUUUGAUUUAAGCCCUAUUCAAGCAGCUGUGCAAAAGGAGAGUAGUCGCGCUGUUCAACCGGAGCAUGUCCAGCAUGAAAAUCACAAUUAUGAAUCUCAAAAUCGAAAUAAACAAGAAUUUGGAGCACGACAGAAACCAAAACAUCAUUAAAGCUAAUUGGCAGUGAUCGCAAAAAAAUUUGAAAGACUUAAACAUGUAUUUACCAGUUAAUAAUAUCCAAAAAUUGGAAUUUUAGCAGAACUGAACCCACAUUUUCAUUUUAUCAUUAUUUAUUUAUUGAAACUAUAAUAUUUCACUUUCAUUUUCAAUAUAAACUUUCACUCGUGUGGUAUUUCGACUGAGAAAAAGAUAUGUCUCUCUUUAUAUUAUUUAUAUUAUUUAAUUUAGAGUAAAGUAGGUUUUUAUAAGAGCUUUCGACUAUAAUAUCUUUAAUAUUAUAGUCGUGGGUUACCGGUUAUUUAUAUCAAUUAAU